CAGCCAAGGCUCGAAGGAUACUAGUCAUGCGUGGGAUAGAGGGAGCUCCUCUGGGGUGGGAUGUACUCGAUAGUCCCCGAAGCGCUUUCCAAGGCUGGGACUGCGAGCUUCUUUAGAGCCUGGGCAAGUAGAAGAGGAAACUAGCCUAAAGAAAUAACGUUAAUAGCGCCUGCACAAACACCAGGAAACGCAUUUCAAGGCUUCUAGUCCGCACUUUCUUUGGAGGAGAAAGGGGAGGUGGGAUGGGACUCCCCAGCGGCGGGUUCGGAGCCCGGGGCUGGGAAUUUGGAAGGGAUGGGGAAUUUAAAAAAAAAUUUUUUUUUCUCUCCCGCCGCCCCUGGGCUGGGGAUUGUGCCAAGAAGGCAUAUCCCAGUCCCUGAAGAGCGCGGGGGCCCGUGAGGAGCUCCAGGUCCGGCGCUGUGCGGCGCGGGGCCCUCCCCGAUCCCGGCGUGCACCGCGGCGCUCCCGCUCCAUUUUCCCCCUCCCUUCCCUGUCUCCCUCCCUGUCCUCCAGGAGGCGGGGACGCGGCGGCCGCGGCUUCUCCAGUCUGGUCUCGCUCUCACUCGCUCGCUUACGGGGGAACCUGGUGGCGGCGGCGGCUGCAGCUUUGAGCGGGAAGGAACGACUGACUGACUGGACCGCGAUCGAGCGGGUGGACUGACCGAACGAGCGACUGACUGACCGCCUAAGACGCCUCGAGUUCCGCCAUGAGCUGGGGCACGGAGCUGUGGGAUCAGUUUGAUAACUUGGAUAAGCAUACACAAUGGGGAAUUGACUUCUUGGAAAGGUAUGCAAAAUUUGUUAAAGAGAGGAUAGAGAUUGAACAGAACUAUGCGAAACAGUUGAGGAAUUUGGUUAAGAAAUAUUGCCCUAAGCGUUCAUCCAAAGAUGAAGAACCUAGGUUUACCUCCUGUAUAGCAUUUUUUAACAUCCUUAAUGAAUUAAAUGACUAUGCUGGGCAACGAGAAGUAGUAGCAGAAGAAAUGGGACACAGAGUAUAUGGUGAAUUAAUGAGGUAUUCUCAUGAUCUGAAAACAGAAAGAAAAAUGCAUCUCCAAGAAGGACGAAAAGCUCAGCAAUAUCUUGACAUGUGCUGGAAACAGAUGGAUAAUAGUAAAAAGAAGUUUGAGAGGGAGUGCAGAGAGGCAGAAAAGGCUCAGCAGAGCUACGAAAGAUUGGACAAUGACACCAAUGCAACCAAGGCAGACGUGGAAAAGGCUAAGCAGCAGUUGAAUCUUCGUACACACAUGGCUGAUGAGAAUAAAAAUGAAUAUGCUGCACAACUUCAGAAUUUUAAUGGAGAACAGCACAAACAUUUUUACAUAGUCAUUCCUCAGAUUUAUAAGCAUCUUCAGGAAAUGGAUGAACGAAGAACUAUCAAACUCAGUGAAUGUUACAGAGGAUUUGCAGAUUCAGAACGUAAAGUUGUUCCAAUCAUCUCAAAGUGCUUGGAAGGAAUGAUUCAUGCUGCAAAGUCAGUUGACGAAAGAAGAGACUCUCAAAUGGUGGUCGAUUCCUUUAAGUCUGGAUUUGAGCCUCCAGGAGACUUCCCUUUUGAAGAUUAUAGUCAGCAUAUUUACAGAACCGUUUCUGAUGGUACUAUCAGUGCUUCCAAGCAGGACAGUGGGAAGAUUGAUGCCAAAACCACUGUAGGCAAGGCCAAGGGCAAAUUGUGGCUUUUUGGAAAGAAACCAAAGGGUCCAGCACUAGAAGAUUUCAGUCAUCUGCCUCCAGAACAGAGACGUAAAAAAUUACAGCAACGAAUUGAUGAACUUAACAGAGAACUACAAAAAGAAUCAGACCAAAAAGAUGCUCUCAACAAAAUGAAAGAUGUGUAUGAGAAAAAUCCACAAAUGGGGGAUCCAUGCAGUUUGCAGCCCAAAUUAGCUGAGACAAUGAAUAACAUUGACCGGCUGCGUAUGGAAAUACAUAAGAAUGAGGCCUGGCUUUCUGAAGUGGAAGGUAAAACAGGUGGGAGAGGAGACAGAAGACACAGCAGUGACAUAAAUCAUCUGGUCACCCAAGGAAGAGAAAGCCCUGAAGGAAGUUACACAGAUGAUGCCAACCAGGAAGUCCGAGGACCACCACAGCAGCAUAAUCACCCUAAUGAGUUUGAUGAUGAAUUUGAAGAUGAUGAUCCUUUACCUGCUAUUGGACACUGUAAAGCUAUUUAUCCAUUUGAUGGGCACAAUGAAGGCACUCUGGCUAUGAAAGAAGGUGAGGUCCUCUACAUUAUUGAGGAGGACAAAGGAGAUGGAUGGACAAGAGCUCGAAGGCAGAAUGGAGAAGAAGGCUAUGUGCCAACAUCUUACAUUGAUGUAACACUAGAGAAAAACAGUAAAGGUGCAGUAACUUAUAUCUAAACUCUAACCAGGCAGCUUCAUUCCCCAGGAAAGAGAACUCAACAUACACACUCAAUGAGAUGAAAAAUGUUAGGAAACAUUUCGUAAGGUUUAUUGUUCACCAUGUGAGCUUAGCUCAGGCUUAAUGAUUCAUUAAGAGUUGUGAAUAUUGUGGAAGGAAAAUGUUCUUUUAUGUUUAUUUCCCAAUUUGAACAAAAUUCAUUUGGGGUUUAAUCACUGCUAUUGGCCUUAUGUCCUGCAUAAAUCUACUUGAAAGAUUUGUGGCUUUCCACUUGACAAUUAUAGCAUCUCAUCCAUUGAGAAGAUACUUAAACGUAAAACCUUUUACGUUACUUGCUUCAGAAAACAGAUAAGAUACAAUAACUAUGAGAAAAUAAGAUUACCUGGGAACUCCAAAAAAGGCAAAUUCAGAAAAUUAGCAGUGUAACUUAAAGUGACAGUUAACCCAAAUGAAAAUUCAUUAAUGGCUAAUGAAUUCGGCCAAAGAAAAACGCUUUCCCCUUUGUCUUCUAAAUAUUUUGUAACAAUCUUCUUAAGAUGGAAAUAUGUUGUUUUAAAGAAAAAUAUUGCCUACAUGGGUAGUGUCUUUAAAAUUUUGCAAAGUAAUUUGACCUAGUCAUUUUGUGUGUUUGUAAAUUAUGUGUUUCCUGAACAGGAAUUUUCUGAAUUUUUCUGAAUUUCAAGUGAUUUUCAGUAAUGUACAUAUUUAUAUAUUCAUCUUCUCUUUGCAUUGCUCAUCUUGAAAAUACUUUUUGGAGAAUUUUUCUUUUCUUUUCUUUUCUUUUCUUUUUUUUAAAGCCCUUACCCUCUGUCUUAGUGUCAGUUCUAAGGCAGAAUAAUGGCAAGGGCUAGGCAAUUGAAGUUAAGUGACUUGCCCAGUGUCUGAGGCCCUGUUUGAACCGAACUCUUUUGGACUCCAGGCCUAAUACUCUAUCCAUUGUGCUACCAAGAUGCCUCAGCGAGUAUUUCCUUUCAUGGGUUAACAUCUAAGAGCCCAUAAGUAGUAAGGCACAGGUUUUAAAUAAAUUAGGAUUGGAAUUUUUGGAAUGCAAAUGUGAUCAAUACUUUGUAUUAAAAACUAAACUGACAGAACAGUGCUCUGCUGACUGGCUUCUGACUUAAUCACAGUAAAUAUGUAUUUAUGGUCUCCCAUAAGUAAGAUGACACAUUUUUUUUUCAAUUCCAAUCAGAUAUUUCAGAAGUAACAAUUCCUCCCACUACUUUUCGUCAGUGUGGAAGGCUCUUUGGAUGGAGCUAGCUCUUUGCAGAGUAGAUGAAGUGAGGCAGCUGGGAAGGGGACCAUACCAUGGUCCUCAUGGAACAAAGCUUAUGAAGGACUUCAGGCUUUGGGAUUUGCUAAUUUGGGACAGGCACUAAACUGAACACCUCCUUCUGUCUUUCCAAAGGCCUUCAGUAAUUCUGUUCUUUUCUUUUUCCUCCUGGACUACAGGUUCCUGAAGAGGGUUUCUGAGAAAAUGGGCGAGAUGUGGAAGGAGGUUACAUGCAGCUGCUCUUUGGGGGGAGGGUAGUAGAGUUGGCAGGCUUAAAGGGAAAGAGAUAAAAAAAAGCAAAUUGCAUGAGUGCAUGCAGGCAUAUUUUUUUUUUCACUAACCUCAUUUCCAUGCAUUGUUUUUUAAAAAAUCGUGAUAUUACAAAUUCUCACAAUUCUGCUUCAGAAUUCUCUUUUAGAAAAAGGCCCAAACAACCUUUGCCACCUUUUCCCAUUUGUUUUACUCUUUCUGUUCAAGUCACAAAACUGCAGUGAUGAUUUCCCAUUUGUUUCACUCACUACAGUUGUCCCAGUAGGACUGUCUUCAUCCAGGCCCUGUUUUAAUUGGCUGUUAGUUAGACCCAUGCCAUUUGUCAGUGUCUGCCUGUGCCACCUCCAGGCUCGCCUAACAUCCUGUUGCAUGUCUAGAAUGACUGGACUAGAUUUGUGUCAGGCAUGUCUUUUAUAACCUCUUGUUUUCAAUGCUUGUGUUUUGUUUUACAUUUGUAAUGAAAAAACCACUGUUUUGUGAAAUCUCUCCAGCACUAAUGUUUCCAUCCCAGUGUUCAUGUAUGCUGCUAUAAUGUUCCCAUUCAUUGCAACCAUCGUCACAUUCCAGUUUUGACAUUCUGAAGAAGUGGUCUUUGGACCCUUGGUGAUUAGCAAAAGAAAACAUCUCUGCUGUAGCCUACAACAUAGUCAAAAGAACUCUGAAAUGUGAUACGUCUCCAGCACCUCAUUCUGAGAAGAACCUAUAGUGAGCACUGAAAUCCUGGCAAAGUAACAUAGAAGAUACUCACCAUCGCAAGACAAAUGACUCUUUUCAAAAGUCAGCUGCUUGCCAUUCAAAUACUGCCUUAAACUAGAGUGCCUAAAUCUGUUGAUUGCCAACACUACCACUACAGUAUCCCACAAAGGGCUUUAUGUAUCGGCUUGGAGUAACCUCCUGUAACUCUCCCCAGUGCUGCUGCAGCUGCGGAAGGAGCCGUGGUAGGUGGCUUCUAGAGCGCUUCUACAUAUGAUGGUGCAUCUCUUCAUAUUUAUGCAUCAAAACUAAAGACAUGUAUCUGUCCAUUUUACUUUACUAAAUGUUUUUAAUAGAAUUUGUAUGGAAUCUCUCCCCCUCCCCCAGUUGUCUUUUAAUUUGGGGUAAUGAAGCUACCACUUAAUUACUAUGAUAGUCUGUUCCCAAGUGAUGCUUUCGUUCUGAACCAGUUUAAAUUUGAGUGGAACUUUGUAAUGAUCUAUGUGCACUUUUCCUUGUAAGAUGGCAAUUUCAGUCUGUUUAUACAUGUAAAUAGUUGUCCACAGUGGCCCUUUUGCUCAUAUGGUCUUGCCUCCCAAUUGUGAUUCUGUUAAUGGCGUGCAUUAUACCUGAUUUACUAGAAUAAUAGUGAAGUAGGGAAAGGGAAAUACUUGUACCACUCAUGCUUCAUUAAAUCAGUUCUUUGCUGUUUGAGGGAGAAAGAGAAUGUGAAGUGGUCUGUGCUUCAUUGAAUUUUAAGCAAUAUUUUAGAAGCCUUGUGACUCCUUUUAAAAGACUUUUAUUUCCAGUGUUAUUUGACUUGUACUACCAGUAAAACUAAAGCUGAGUGACGAUUGUGUGGAAGUUGAUUCCUUUAUUAAAAUGAAUAUGCCACUAUUACACAGCUGACCAUGUAUUACCUUUGGGACUAUGAAGCUAUCGAGUUUAGAUUUUGGAUAUUGUAUACAGGGUUAUUUAUAUUAUGUGACAUUACUCAAUACUGACAAACUACAAAAUGUAGUUUUUAAAAUCGAGUGCUUUUUUCAUUUUAAAGGUUAGCAGUGGGAAGGAAAUGUGAUCUGGCUGUUUGUCUUUUGUAUGAGGCCUGGAGUUCUUGUGUUUGCCUGGCUAGCAGCCAACAGGUCAAAGUUUAAGGCUUCCUUGUAAGGACUAACUGUUCUUUUCAAGCUACUGUUUGUUUUUCUAAAAGCAGGAUUUGCUUCCGCUGGGGACAAGUCCCUUCAUGUGGAAUAGUGCAACCUGUAUAUGGGUUAUUACAUAUAGGAAAGACAUUUGUACUUGCACAGCUAGUUAAAAUCAUUCUGAAAAUUGGAACAUGUGAGUUGUCUUAAAGAGAUCUUCAAUUUUUUCAGUGAUUUUUACUCCUUUUGUGUACAUGUUGAUUUCUUAAUGGUAAAUGCUUUGUUUAAAAUAGUGUUCUCUGUUGAGAAUAUUUUCAUGGAAUAAAAAAUCUUUUCAUGGUCAGUCA